GAAAGGUACUGAGAAAAAAAAAAAAAAAAAACUCACGAGUCGUGGUGAGUCGUGACUCAACCCAACCUUACCCUUAUACUCAACCACACAAAAAUGGGCCAAGCUCCGUCGUCUCCGGCGGAUUCAAGCGUACGCGAUACUUCUUUAUGGCUCUGGUCACCGGAAUUUCUCGAUUGCGAAUCGAUUGGUUUCGAAGACGGAGGUUACGAUUUCACGGCAAAUCUACCAGACGAUUGCCUCGCUCAUGUCUUUCAAUUUCUCAGCGCCGGAGAUCGGAAACGAUGCUCUCUCGUAUAACGGUGGUUACUCGUCGACGGUCAGAAUCGUCACCGUUUAUCACUUGACGCUAAAGCUGAGAUUCUCCCUUUCUUGCCUUGUAUAUUCAAUCGGUUCGAUUCCGUAACAAAGCUCGCUCUUCGUUGUGAUCGGAGAUCUUUUAGCUUGAGCGAUGAAGCUUUAUUCAUGAUCUCGAUUCGUUGCUCGAAUCUGAUUCGAGUCAAGCUUCGUGGUUGUCGCGAGAUUACGGAUCUAGGAAUGGAAUCGUUCGCUAGAAACUGUAGGAACUUGAGGAAAUUAUCGUGUGGCUCUUGUAAUUUCGGUGCAAAGGGAUUAAACGCGAUGCUUGAGCAUUGCAAGGUUCUUGAGGAGUUAUCUGUGAAGAGAAUCAGAGGAAUUGAUGAAUUGGCUGAGCCAAUUAAGCUGAGUUCGUCUUCUUCACUUAGAACGAUUUGUUUGAAGGAGCUUGUUAAUGGUCAGGUAUUUGAAUCUUUGGUUGCUACAAGAACUUUGAAAAAACUUAGAAUCAUUCGGUGUUUAGGUGAUUGGGAUAGAGUUCUUGAAAUGAAUGGAGAUGGGAAUAGUUCUUUGACUGAGAUUCAUCUGGAGAGGCUUCAAGUGAGUGAUGUUGGACUCUCUGGUAUAUCUAAAUGUUCAAAUUUAGAGACUUUGCAUAUAGUGAAAACCCCUGAAUGCUCGGAUUUAGGUUUAGCUUGUGUUGUAGAGAGAUGUAAGUUACUGAGAAAGCUUCACAUUGAUGGUUUGAGGAUUAAGAGGAUCGGUGAUGAAGGUUUGAUAUCUGUAGCUAAACACUGCUUGAAUUUGCAAGAGCUUGUACUUAUCGGUGUUGAUGCGACGUAUAUGAGUUUGUCUGCUAUUGCUUCAAAUUGUAAGAAGCUUGAACGGUUAGCUCUUUGUGGGAGUGGUACGAUUGGGGACACGGAGAUUGGUUGUAUCGCUGAGAAAUGUGUGGCGCUGAGGAAAUUCUGUAUCAAGGGAUGUCUGAUUUCUGAUGUCGGGAUCAAGGCGUUGGCUUUAGGCUGUCCUAAGCUGGUGAAACUGAAAGUGAAGAAAUGUAGAUUGGUUACAGGUGAAGUUAGGGAAUGGCUGGGUGAACGGAGGAUGACGUUGGUGGUGAGUAUGGAUGAUGAUGAAACCAGUGGUGUGGGUAUUGUGGAUGGUGGUGAUCAGAGAGUUCUUGAGACGGUAGCUGAGGAGGAUCCGCUGCCGGUGACUGAUGGUGAUGGUGGUGCGGGGGUUGCAGGUGGUGGGAGAAUAGGGUUAGCUAUCUUAAAGACAAAGUUAGGGUUACUUGCAGGAAGGAACUUGGUUGCUUGUACGUUUAGGAGAUGGUCUCAAAGUGAAGCUACUAGUUCCAUUUGAUUGAAAACAAAGGGUCUUUGUGCAUUCAGAACAAAAACCUACUUCUGUAUAUUAUUUCUUCUUUCUUAUGUUGAUAAUCUUCACAAUUCAUUUUCAAAUUUUCAAGCCUUAAGGUUAUUA